CUUACCUACUUAUAACCCUACCGCCUCCUCGUAUUGCUUCUUUGUGAGGACAUAUUCCUCACAGCGAGCCAAAGUGGCAUGUUUUCUUCAUCUUUUUUUGCCUCUUCCGUUGUAUGAUUACAGGCGGGGUUUGUUUUUGCCAUAUACCUAGGUACCUUUUCAUACCUUAUGGCUUGCAGCUGGUAACGACUUGAACACUCCACAAUUAUUGGACCCUGAUGCCUUCCAUCGCUUCGCGACGAAACUAACUGGCGUCCCAUCUCGAUCACACUCACCUAUAAACAUAUUCCAUUAUCCAUCAUCCAAUGUCCCUAACCUAGGAUUCUGUGUCCAGCCUUACUUGGUUCUCCCUCCUCAAGGGCGCGCCCUGCAUUAGAAGCUUUGUUUGCCCCUAUAUCAUUAUCCAUUUGACACCUACAAUCGAAGUAUCCAUCAAGGUCUAUCCCCCCCUUCGAGCAUCUCAUCGAGAACCCCUCUUUACGCAUCAGAAGUGAAAUCCAAAACUCCAGUUUUCAUUUGCAUAUUUGCUUGAGAAAGUCCUCCUUAUGCAGUCAGAGAAAUCAAAUGUGCCCAGGUGGCGGCGCUUCCUGGGCGGCAGCGGCAGCGGACCUACCGGUGCCAGGCCAGACGAAUCGUACGGACCUUCCAGAUGGAGCAUGGGUGUUCUGAACGACAAGAAGACUAUUGAAGUUCCAGGUUCCGUGCUUCUUCUGGCAUCACAUCGCAAUGAGCCUCUUGGUCUGCGAAAUGUGCACGCCAGAACAUCUCACUCAUCCAUUCCGGCUGGAUUUCCUGUUGAUACACGAAGGACAUCAGCCUCAUCAGCAGCGGCGGCGGCUGCUGCUGCCUCAGUAGCGGAGAACCAUGCUUCCCCCGACGAGAGUGACGGCAAGAAGAAAACAAGCGAUGGGGCUAUCAUCCUGGAACCACAGCCUGAAGAAUCAGGAAAUGACCCUUUGAACUGGCCUGCUUGGAAACGUGACAUUGCCCUUUUGUCGCUUGGUUUCUAUUGCAUGAUUGGCGGCGGCACAACUCCCAUUAUCGCCGCCGGCUUCACCGACGUUGCAGAGACAUACGACGUUGAUGUCGAGAGGGUCGCUUUGACCACUGGACUCUACAUGAUGGGAAUGGGCCUCGGCUCCGUUGUGUUCUCACCGACCGCUAUCCUAUGGGGUAAACGCCCAGUAUAUCUGGGCAGUGCUAUCCUAUUUAUUGGGACAUCACUCUGGGCAGCAUGGUCUCCAAGCUUCAAUUCUCUCCUCGCGGCCAGAGUCUUCCAGGGCUUUGCCGUUAGCCCUGUUGAAUGUCUUCCAUCAGCCACAAUUGCCGAAAUCUUCUUCCUCCAUGAAAGAGCCUACCGCAUUGGUAUCUACACUCUUCUUUUGCUUGGCGGCAAGAAUCUGGUCCCCCUUGUCAGUGCCGUCAUCAUUGGCGGUCUUUCGUGGCGUUGGGUUUUCUGGAUCUUGGCUAUGAUUAUUGCUUUUGGUGCUGUACUUCUCUUCUUGUUUGUCCCGGAAACCUUUUGGGAUCGCACCCCUCACGCAAGGCCUAAGCAUCCAUCCAAGCGUCCAAGUUUUCUUCGCCGACUCUCAUCUCGUCAUGCGGUUCCGCAAACUGGUGGAGAGGGGCUACUUCAGGGUGAGACUGAAGCACACUUCGCAGAUGCGGAACAUGCUCAAGAUGGACGCCAAUCACCUGCUGCUCUUCAUCGAGGCCGGGAUCUCCAUGUUGGCUUUGCUGAGUCUGGCGACGCUGCUGAAGAGGCAGCAGCGCCUGUGACUCCAGUUUCGCCUAGGGCGGUAGUCCAUCCGUCUGGUAAAAACCCAGCUGCCCCAGGGGACGUCGGCAGCGCGACUGGAAGUGAGUCCAACAGUGCGUCUUUCAAGCUAGGUCCAAACCUCGAGAACGAGAAGUUAGAUGCAUCGCAGCUCCAGGGUCCGCCCAAGAUCCAGGCCUACACACACAACCUCCGUCAGCAGCCUCCAAAGUCAUUCGUUCAACAGCUUAAGCCCUGGCAUGGAAGGCUAAACAGUGAUAGCUGGCUCAAGGUCAUGGUCCGCCCUUUCAUUCUAUUCGCAUACCCCGCGGUCCUUUGGUCAGCUGCCGUGUAUGCUUGCUCUGUGGGUUGGCUUAUCGUCAUCUCGGAGUCGAUUGCCAUGAUAUACCGCGACAAGGAUUCUUAUAAUUUCACCGCGCUCCAGACAGGCUUAGUGUAUAUCUCGCCUUUUAUCGGUGGUAUCCUGGGAACUGGCGUGGCUGGCAAGGUCAGUGACAUUAUCGUCAAGAUCAUGUCCAGGCGUAAUGGCGGUCUCUACGAACCUGAGUUCCGUCUUGUUAUGGCCCUUCCCAUCCUUAUCAGCACAUGCAUAGGCCUCAUGGGCUUUGGCUGGUCGGCAGAAGAAAAAGAUCAUUGGAUGGUCCCUACCUUCUUCUUUGGAGUUGUGUCAUUUGGGUGCUCCCUUGGAUCGACUACCUCCAUCACGUUCUGUGUGGACAGUUACCGCCAAUACGCCGGAGAGGCUUUGGUGACGCUUAACUUUUCAAAGAAUAUCUUACAUGGACUUGUUUUCAGCCUCUUCGUCACGCAUUGGUUGCAUGGCGAUGGCCCGAAGAAGGUGUAUAUUUGGAUUGGUAUAAUCCAACUGCUUCUCAUGCUGUGCACAAUUCCUAUGUACAUCUACGGCAAGAGGGCACGCAUGUGGACAGUUCGAGCAAAUUUGAUGGAGAAGUUCUGAUUUCGAACGGGCAUUGCUUGGAGUUUUGACACCUUUAUUGCAUGAGACAGAGCGCACCGCAUGAUUCCUUCGUUUUGACGAUACGGAGUUUGUCUGUUUUGUUAUUACUUACAACAUAGGGCCUGGCACGCAAGUGCUAUUGCAUUGAAUACCGAGACCCAGCAUGAUUAGAAUGAAUAAUUCUGUUGGUCAAGAUGACGAUUAGUGGUAUUAUUGAGAACAGAUUUGUGCAUCCAUUAAUGUGGCUGUCGCUGGUGAUUUCUAUCGAAUACUCGUGCAAUAAGAGAUUGGCUUGGCUGUUUAGCAGUUGCUUUCCACACCUUUGCCUUGAUGGAUGUCCUCCUCCCGAUUCCGGUCUAAACUACCACAAUAUAGCAGGAUAUGUAACUAGAGUGCUGUAAACCUGCCCCUAUCGACUUUCGUCACGCGUCCAGAGCUGACAGGCAUAAUGAUGAGAAGUCGCUAGGUAAUAUCGCGACUAAAUGGCAUUUAGAGGGUUCCCCCCCCCCCCCCCCGCGUAAGCGGCACAGACUCUGGUGAUCAUUCCUCUCUGACUAUAGAUGAUUUGUAAGGUUGCGGCUGAUUAAUUUUGUUAUCAAAGUGAGAUCGAGGCUGAGGGCUCAUAGUAAUAGGACACUAACAUACUGAGAUGCAGUGUCUUUCAAGCACAUGGACGCACAAAUACAUGACACUCAUGAUACCCUUUCAAAGGGUGGCAAGCUGGUAAUUAUCAGUUCGGCGAUGGAGGUUAUAGUGCUUCUUGAGAGAUACUCACCACCGUGGUGAGUCGAGUCCUUCAUGCUGAAGGAUGAAUAUUACGAAUGAUGUAACUGGAAAGCAAUUCCACAUUAGCGAGGAGCCUGGAAUACAAAUUAAUCUUGCAAAGAAUAAGCUAUACUUCAGGACGCUCUGGGCCUAUAGUUUGAUUGGUAUUCUUGUUGCAAACGAGGAACAGUAGCCCGUUCUUUUCAUUUGUUCUUCUCCUUUUGUAUGUAGACAAUUCCGUGCAAGAUGCUGAUGGUUUUAUGAAAUGCCCCUGAUGGUAUAUAUCUGCGCCGUAUGCAAUCAACGCUAAUCCCAAGACAACGUAUCCAACGCCCUUUCUUUAAUUCAUACAUCUCAGGGACUGAAACCCUUGUUUGUGCCUGCAAGGCAUCGAUUCGUG